CCCAGAUCAUCGGCAAUGCAAUAAACAUAAAAAUUCAAAUUUGUCUACUUUCUUGUUAUCAAUAUUACCGUUCUUAACCACUUUGAGAUUAUGGCGAAGUGUCUUUUCAGUCUCUUCUUGGUUCUUGCCCUAGCCUCAGCUUUUGCUUCCGGAGCAAGAAACAUCCCAGGAGGGCUCUCUGACCAGAAGAACUACCUCGGAUACGGUGGCGGGUACUCCGGCAUCGGAGACAACGGUUUACCUUUCGGUGGCGUCGGUGGGGGUGUGUCUGGUCCCGGUGGUAACCUUGGUUUUGGUGGACUUGGUGGUGUUGGUGGAGGCUUAGGCGGUGGCUUAGGAAAUGGGAUAGGCGGUGGUUUAGGAAACGGGAUAGGCGGUGGACUAGGUGGUGGAGUUGGUUCCGGAGUCGGUGGAGGAAGUACUGGAGGAGUUCAUUUCCCUUGAGUAGUUGAGUUGUUACUUUUGGUUUAAGGAUUUGUAACGGUCCUUGAAUUAGGUCUAGCUUAAGAUGAUGUCAGGGCAACAAUAAUAAUUAUGCUUUUUUUUGGAAUUUUCAUUAGCUGUUUGACGUGCGUCUUAAGUUACUAUGGUGUCCUUAGAAUCAAACUCGUGUCUUUGUCGUGUCA